CUGUAGUGACAAUUAUCAUAUGGGUGCUUGGCAACCAUUGCAGCAGUGGUCACCAUGUCUGUGAUCAUGUGAUUAUCAUCUAACAAGAAGAGAAAGACCGGGUUGAACGUGAAAAACGUGAACAAGAAAUGCGUGAAUAUCAGGAACGUGUUAAAAAACUAGAAGAGGUAGAAAGAAAGAAACGUCAAAGGGAAUUAGAAAUUGAAGAGCGGGAGCGUCGUCGUGAAGAGGAGAGGCGGAAUCUUGACGAUCCACUUUCGCGGAAGGAAUCACGUUGGGGUGAUAGAGAAAGUGAUAAUACUUGGAGAAGAACUACUGAUCAGGAAUCAGAAUGGAGACGUCCCCCAGAAAGAGAGUGGCGGCGUGGGGAUGUACGUGAUGAUGAAAAACCUUCACAAAAAGACGAUGUGACUAAGUCUACUACUCCACAAGAAGAGGAAGAGCCUACCCAGGAAGCACCAGAAGAUAAAAUACUGAAACAGGAUAAAGAGGAAGACAAGGAUCCUAGGAAAGUCCUGGAUGAUGACCGAACAGGUUGGCGUUCAACUGGUGAUGACAGGGCCCCAAGAUAUGGCUUGGAGGAUGACAGGACCCCCCGGCGUAGCUUGGAGGAUGACAGGCCCCCCCGGCGUGGCUUGGACGAUGACAGGCCCCCCCGGCGUGGCUUGGACGAUGAC